AUGUUCUCCAUCGAAUCCAUCAACAAGGUCAUUUCCUCCACUCUCUACUCCAAAGCUCUCUCAGUUGCCCAACAUUAUGAAAAGAGCACUGAUCUAUUCAAACCAUACAAGGUCGUCGAUCAGGUGACAAUUUCUGUAGCAUCUGCCAAUGAAGGAAGUGUCAUUCGUGGAGAGACACUUAUUUCACAAUGUACUGUUGAUGAGAUUGUUCCAUUGUUGACUACUGCAGAUACGAAAACUAGACAAAUUUUUGAUGAGAAUACCAAAUCAAUUACUGAAGUAGGAAAGUUUAGCACUGAGGAGGGAAAUUGGAGUGUCAGACAUUAUGUUGUAACUUCACCAAGCAUGAUGGUUUCGGAAAGAGAUUUUCUCUAUGUUGAAAGAUAUUUCGAUGUUAAACCAGAAGUUUCUGAUGCCAAAAAGACAACCAUCCUAUUGACAACUUCCAUCGAUGAAGCUCUCGACAUUAAGCCAGCAAAGGGCCACGUCAGAGGAACCAACAUUUUCACCUAUCUGAAAUUUACCGAAUUAAACAAUGGAGAUUUGAGAGCUACUUUCAUAGCUCAAGCAGCUCCUAAUGGAUAUAUUCCAACAGCUAUUGCCAAUUCCGUCGUGUAUGUGAGACCAUUAUUAUUGAGCUUGUCAGCAAAGCAAUUAGGAAAGAAUUGCACAGCUUGUUAAAUAUUUGAGAAUAUUGAGAUUAAACUAUUGUAAAUUAGAAAAA